AUGGAGAUUGUCUGUUGCGGCUGUACCAAUGUUCCAGAUGCUAAACCAAAACCACUGGAACCAUCAGACGUAAAUCAGCAAGUUGAGAUCGUUCCUAGGGAGCGUGACAGGGGUUGCUUUGUUGCCAAGUCUGUUGAUCCAGAUGGGUUUCCUCCUUCCUUCUUGAGAAGAAAAGGGUGGACUGUGACCAUGCACACACCUCGUCAUUACAGAUUGGGUGAAGCCUCAGGACUCAACUCUUCACUACGAGCAAGCCUUCCGGGGUUCAAUUUUCCAUUAUCACAUGACUGCUCUCAAGCUGUGUUUGUUGGUAAGUGGUAUUGUCCUUUCAUGCUUAUCAAGGAAGGAGGGGUGAAGCUGAAGGACCAAAUGAAAAAAUGCAUGUUCUAUGAGAUUAGUCUUGAGCAAAGAUGGGAAAAGAUUUUUGAUAGCAUUAAUGAAAAUGUUGAGGGAAAAAAUAAAGGUGCUGUGUUUGUGGAUGCCUUUGUUCAAAGAGAGGUGGUUUUUGUUGGUGGAAGUGAAGCUAUUUGGGAUGAAAGAAAUAGAGAAUGA